CAAGCGUGGGAUUCCACUAUUAAGCAACCGUCUUCAUCAUUGGUUUCAAGGAGAGUGAAUUCGUCGCCAGGGAUCUCGUCGCGACAACCGAAGGAGCGUCGGUUAGUCGGCCCUCCCUGUAACCAGGAGCAGCGCACCGGGAGCGCGCCCGUGCCCGCGCUCCUUCCCUGCAGCCCAAACAAUGCUCCCUUCCGUGAGACUAACUUGAGUCUUCCUUGUAGCUGCAUCGCGGUGACUUUUCAAAGUCCAAUUUACUCGGGAUUUUAAACGUGCGCCGUUCUUACUGGAUGACGAGUACCUACACGACACUGUUUUUUGGGGUGCAGAUUUGUUUCGUGUGUAUGUAAAAGUGUAACUCCUCGUGCCUGUUCCCGAUGGCGUCUCACCAGCAGUCCAGAAUUCAGUUUUACCUGGAAAAGAACAAAAUCGGACCUCUGUUUGAGGAAAUGAUGACCAAACUGAUAUCCGAGACCCCUGACCAUCCUAUUCCUUUUCUAAUAAAUCAUCUGCAGACCAAACAAGGGAGUCCAGGCAAGCUGCAAAGAACACUUUCAGGAUCUGCAGCUCUCUGGGCAGAGAGUGGCACUACAGAGAAUAAAGGGGCUAGACGUGACUUCAGGAAUUAUGAUAAACCAUGGCAAAUUAAUCCCAAAAAGCCCAAAAAGUCGAAGAGUGAUCUAGCAGUUUCCAACAUAUCUCCACCUUCUCCGGAAUCCAAAUCAUUGCCAAGGACCAUUGAGCAUCCUUUAUGGGACUGGAGAACAAAGCCAGAAAGCCAUGACUUUGAUGAACUGAAUCAUAUCCUCGAAGAAAGCAGGAAGCUUGGAAAAGCACUAGAAAACCUGUCCCGCAGUAUAGCUGGGUCUGAUGAAAUUGAGCAGGAUCCAAGAGCCUAUAACUCUCCUCUCUUGAGACCCCGGGUAAUUGGAGAGUGGGUAGGUCGUGAAGAGAAUGAUGCCGAUCCACUGGCAGCAGAGAUGUUGCAGCCUCCUGUGCCAAGAAAUAAAAGUGAGCAAUGGGAAACUGAAGAAUGCAAUAACAGCCCAGCUGGAAGUGUGAAAAUGGAGCCAAAAAGUAAAGGUUUAAAACAACAACAGCAACACCACAAGAAACUGUUGGCGGCAAUGUUGUCCCAAGAUUCUUUUGAUUCUGUACUCAGUAACACUCCCUCCAUGAAUGAAGAUGAUAUUGAUGAUGAGGAUGAUGCCAUGGAGCUGCUGGAGGAUCUUGAUGAUUUGAGAAUGGAGGGAGUAACAAGUCUGGCACCUUCGGGAAGCAAGUUUAGCCAAGGCCGUAGUGCUUAUUGUCCUGAACCACAAGCCAAAGUUACACUUAAUAUCUGCUCAAGGUGUGCCAGGCUUCAAGGUGACAGCCUGAUGGAGACAAAGGAUGAUGAAACACAAAGUGCCCGGUCACCUGAGCAGGCUGUGCCAGAUAUACCAUGUCCAUUGCCUGGAGCAGAGCCUCUGAUGGAAGAUGAUGAAGAAUUUGAGAGUGCAUCUCAAGUAACAGGGCCUCGUCGACCAGUCUGGGACGCCGAUGUAAUCUCUGCCAGAAGUGGGAGCUACCUUAGCCAGAAACAGUCGAAGGAGCCGUUUUCUGCAAAUGAAUUGCAGCGCCUGGAUAAGCAGCUUACUGAAGUUGAAAAAGAAAUGCACAAAAAGGCUGAAGCUGUCCUGAAUCGAAGUCCAAACAGUCCUCAUGGCACAUUACUCUUAGCACCAAACCUUCAAGGUAGCCUUCAGACAUUGCCAGAUCUGAACUCCAAACCUCAGACACCAGGAAGCCUUGCUUGUAAAAGCACUCUGCUCCAGCUCCAAGGAAGCAAACCAACUUCUUUAGGCAAUAGCAGACCACAAACACCAAGUAACCAUAACAGUAGACCUCAAACUCCAAGUACCCAGUCCAGCAGACCAAGAACGCCAUCUGCUCCAACAAGUAGGCCUGUUACUCCAAACAGUUUGCUACCACGAUCUCUUGUGACAUCUAACCAAGUCAACAAGGAAGAAACCAUUGGCAAUCAAAGAAGUCGGCCAAUCACUCCUUCGAGCCAAGUUGGGAGACCAUUGCUUACUCCAACUGGAAUCACCGCUGGGCAGAUAACUUUAGAAAACCUCACUGAUUCUGCCAUUCCAAGAAACACAGAGGAUGAGACCUAUCAUCAGCUACAGGUUGCUCGACAGCCUUGGCUAAUCCCCAGUGACACAGACAGUGAUUGUGUGGAUCAGACUGAUCAUGAAAAAUGCAGCCAGACAGGAGUUUGGGAUUCCAGCAAAAGAUCAGUGGUUUCAGGAUUAUGAUGAAAAGCCACAACAGGAAGACUAAACUAACUUGGCUAUUAUGCAACACUGUUAUUUUGCAUUUUGAAUAUUUUCUUU